AUGCUUCAGAACGUGCCAUCUGCGAAUAUAUCCCUUACAAUUCAAGGAGAACCACUGGAGAUCGUGGAAAACCUUACGUACCUCGGUAGUUGUAUUAGCUCUGACGGAAGUGUGUCUGAUGAAGUCAGUGCACGAAUCUCAAAGGCUCGAAUCACGUUUGCUACUUUGCGUCACUUGUGGCGUCAAAAAGGCGUCCCACUGGAUCUUAAGGGUCGUGUGUAUCAAGCUACAGCAUAUGAACAUCGUGUUCAUUGUAUGGCCACCUACAAUGACAAUGGAUUUCUGAAGCACUAUACAGGUGUCAACAACGAGGUGGCUCUGAACUCGCCUAUCUUGAACAAUCCAGUGUGUUGUACCAGUGAACCAAAAAAGACCAUCACAUCCGGCCCAAUCAUGCCCCCUAGGGCAACAAUGGAACCGGUCUUCGUGACCAACAAUUUUGCUCCGGAUUCCGAUUUGAACCGUGAACGGACGACUAACCCUAACCACCGUCUCAAAUCAUUCAACCAAAUGGAUGGUGAGUGUAGCACAUGUGCGAAAAGUACGGAACACAUUGGUCCUCAGCGCAUGGCCAUGAACCUGUUCGAAUCGGAUGUUACAUUCAACGGACGCCGAAUCCGGCCGGAUCUUGACACCAGACGAUCAUGCUACAGGCGGAGACUAGAGGCGUACGCUGAACGUCUCAAGAGUGUGCGCAUGAAAUCUGCCGCAGUUUUAACUCGGCUUAUUGCCAUGAAGCUGCGUACCUCCAGCGUGAGCGGCACGCACUCUUCGGCUCUUCCCAAAACUAUUUCGCGCAUCUUAGCUGAAGAUGAGACAGAAAGUAGUUCGGAUGAUGAAUCGUCGGCGCCAUCAGUACCUAGGCUGGAGGACCACUGGGUCUGCACGCGUGCGGUCGUUAAUUCACACUGGCACUGGCUCAUUACAGAAAUAAAAAGAAGUGAACAAAAUUUAAGGAAUCUCCGGCAUCUAAAGGCCAGCUUUAGAGCCUGGAAGAAUGGUCUCCCCCUAAAUUUGCCUAUGGACACUUCCACUGAAGCCACUUGUUCUAGAGUGACUCCAUUUGUGAAGGAUUCUUCGAGACGGCAUUGUUAUCAUGACCUAACAUCCGCGAAGUGCAGUCGAUUGGUUUCCGAACUGAACCCGUUGUCCACAGACCUACACUUGAGAUGCUCUUGUAUCCCUGGUUAUAUUGGACCUUGUAUCAUAUGCUGUGCACAGGCGCACACCUCUCCACCAUCCACAAUCGCGGAAGCAGAAAGUAUUGACCUUCUGACGCGUGCGAGACCAUUAAGUGGCCACAUUCAUCCAAAGUUAUCUAUUCCUGGAGAUAUCCAGCUGUCUCUUCGCUUGGAAUCUCGAUUAGCUGCCACGUCAAGUACAACAUUUCGAGAGCACAAAACGGCAACUCGUUCCGUCACACAAGCUGAUAAGCCGGUCUGUCUUCGACGGUUUGUUCCUGAUGUGAACAAUAAAAUCAUACACCGUGUCGAGCGGCGUAGCACAGUGAACAGUGAAAUUUCCGCCCGAACAACACAUUCGAAUAAAUUGUUGCCACAUGGUUCGAUUGCCGACAGACAACUUCCACUAGAUCGGUUCCGGUCCAAGUUAAACGUACACCGAGAAUUUCGUCAGUUGCCACACCGUCCCAGCAGUAAAUCAUCAAACGGCCCUUCGGCACUACGACGAAUCCUUGAUUUGGCCCCGGAUGGCGACCAGUCUGAUACGACUCAAUCGUGGCACGCCUCAGAUGGCCUGGACGAACAGUGAUGGGAUAUACGGCCGACCUGGUCUCCAUAAUUCCAAACCCCGAUCGUCCUGUACACUGAGACGGCGCAUUUACACGGUGGUUCUCAGCUAAUAACGGUCUGGGUUUGAACCGACUUCGUAUGCACAGUGCAGAAUAUUCGUUCCCUCUGUCGUGUUACUGCAUAGUGUCGUCCGUUUCGCUUCAACGUCUAUGGCAUUUAUCACCUCUAGUCGUGACUGCGGUUGUUUUGGCUUUGGUUCGUGGACUUCGCAUUUUUGAUUCUCUGCUUUGACUCAGUGCAUUGGCUCACGGAAACGAUCCAUGCGCCAGCUCGUAUGUACAUAUUCUUGUGGACGUCGUACCUGUAUUCGUAUGCGUCGCAUGUUUUAUCACUCUUCACAUACCUUCUUGCAGCAUCAGCAUGUGUGUAUUACACUGUCUUGUUUUUUUACCGGAACCGUCGUCGUCUCGGCGCCCCCUCAUACUUCUCUGUUGUCCUAUCAGCUAUCCUUACUUAGCAGCGAAAUCCUUGUAAAUUUGUACAAUAAUCUUAUCAAUAUGCAUAGCUCGGUGCAAUCGAAUGUGCGCAUUAU